AUGGCUGCUGUAAAGGACUCAGAGGAGUGGCCAUCAAAGUGUGACUCAGUUACAAUGGAGUUCUCUUUCUGUAUACAGCUUGAUGAUGGUCUGGAGCUUUCGUUUACUGACAAGAGGAGAUUCGCCAAAGUCCGACUUCUGGCAAAUCCUGCUUCUGUGCGUCCGAUAUCAGAGCUUGGUCCUGACGCAUUGUUGGAGCCUAUGACAGUUGAUGAAUUCGCCAAAAGCUUAGCGAAAAAGAAAAUAACCAUUAAACCUCUCCUACUUGAUCAGGGUUUUAUUUCAGGUAUCGGGAACUGGAUCGCCGAUGAAGUGUUGUACCAAGCAAGGAUCCACCCGUUGCAGACUGCUUCUAGCCUCUCCAAAGAGCAAUGUGAAGCUUUGCACACGUCCAUCAAAGAGGUGAUUGAAAAAGCUGUGGAAGUUGAUGCAGACAGUAGUCAGUUUCCUAGUGAAUGGAUUUUUCAUUCUAGGGAAGGGAAGCCGGGAAAGGCUUUUGUUGAUGGGAAGAAGAUUGACUUCAUCACUGCUGGUGGAAGGACAACAGCUUAUGUCCCAGAGCUGCAGAAACUCACUGGGAAAGACGCUGAGAAAGCAACCAAGGUUAGAGCGGGUAAAAGAGGUGUAAAAUCCAAAGAAGACGAUGGAGCAGAAGAUGAGCAGGAAUCGGAGAAAGAAGAUGAUAGUGGUAAACCAAAGAAAGGACAGAAACCUAAGGGUCGUGGUAAGAAGCCUGCAUUGAAGAGGAAAGCAGAAGAAAGUGACGACGAGGACGAUGAUGCUGAUGGUGGAGAUGAUAGCGAGGCUGAUGAGGAAGUUUUGAAACCCAGAGGCCGUGGUACAAAACCUGCGACAAAGAGGAAAGCUGGAGAGAAAGCUGCUAGCCAAGCUGGUAAGAAGCCAAAGGGAAGGAAAAGUUGA